AUGAAUCCUUUUUUCGCUGCAGGAACUGUUAUUUUAAUACAGACGAUGAAGAGUUGCAUUGUUUUGGGUCACUUGUUGAAGAAAGAAGAUAAGGAAGAGUGUGAUUUCUACGUCAUUUCGCUGAAUUUCUGCUGUUUGAUUUCGAUGCUUCUUUCGAUUCCGAUUGUUUCUAACUUUGGCGAUUUUCGAAAGAUGAUGCCUCUGGCGACGGAGUUUACUUUUGGAGUCAAUUUUCUUGUGAUUACCUCAUGCUUACAGUCGUUUUCCAGCUGUUUUGAUACAGAAGACAGCUUGAAUUCCGUCAUUAUCCCAAUAAAUAUCGAUAUUUUGCUAAUAAUGGUUUCAAUUACACUAAUCUACGGACUCAUAAUCGUGAUCUGGUACACUGGGCAAAAAUACAAGUCGCUGCAACAAGAACUCUCGAAGAACUCGACAAUGUGGAUAACUCCUUCAGUUUCUUCGCUCUCAAAACAUGAUCAGAUCAAGAAUUUGGACGGUUCUACCGGUGAUUUCGCCAUAACAAGAAACUCGCUUGCCUUUCAUGCUGAAAAUGCAGAUCGUCUGUUGAAGACUUUUGAAUCAAAAACUGAAAUUUAA